GACUUCCGCCGGGAGCCGGAAGCGGGUCUCUCAUGCGAGCGGGUGGUUGAGUCUCGGCUCGGAGACGUUGCGGGCCCCGAAGCCGCCGCCGCCGCCUCCUGCUCCUCCUCCGCGUCCCCCCCUCCCCGCUGUGCUGCCGCCGCCUGCUCCUCUGCCCGGCCCCCGCCCCGCUCUCCGCUCUCCUUCUCCUGGUAUUCGGCGGUGGCGAGGCCCCGGCGGCGGCGGCGGCGCAGCGAGAGGCCCCGGCGCUAGCGGAAAGCCCGACAGGAGCGAGAGGCCCCGGCGCCAGCGGAGACCCCUUCCUUUCGUGCCUGCCCGUCUUCUCGUCGAGGCCCGGCCCGAGGGCGGCGGCGGCGGCUGCUGGUGACAGGUUCACAACGGCUAAGUGACUGGUGGAGUAGUUGUAGAAGACAAAGUUUGGUUUGUGACUAAAUGCUUCUUAAGAAGUUAAGUCUCCCAGAUGGGGUGAAGAAGUCAGGAUUUGAAAAGCAAUCUGAAUAAUUAAGCUUACAAAGGUGACCAGCAAAGUUCUCUGUGAGCAGCCAAAAAGCAGACAGCUCAUGACUUCUGAUCAGGACACUAAAGUUGUGGCUGAACCGCAGGUGCAGCAAGUACAAGAAGUUAAAGACGGUUCUCAUCUCGAGUCAACCAAGGUUUCAGAGUUAAAUCCUAAUGCAAAAGUUUGGGGAAAUCAUAUGCUACAUUUGGAAGCAGGUGGUGCCACUGAUGGUAGUGUGAACAAAACGUGGGAAGAAAUACCUGAGCAGCCUCCAGGUUCUUGUCAAGAAGGUACGAGCAAGUUUGCAGCUGUUGAUCGAGAGAAAGGGCUGGAUGCCAGUGUUGAUGGCGACAAAAAGCACCAGAAUGCAGUGCUGACAGAGCUGCAGGAGCCAUCACCAGCACUGCCAGUGUCAGACCAGACAGAGAUGAACCCAUUGGCUCUUGAUCAUUCCGAAUAUGAGUCUCUGCAUGAAACUACCCAGACAGGUGGAAAUGAACAGUUGCAGCCAGAAGGUCAGGAAGAUUUACGAGAAUUACUGAAGAAAACCCUGGAGUUCUGUUUGUCCAGAGAAAAUCUUGCCAGUGACAUGUACCUUAUAUCACAGAUGGACAGUGAUCAGUAUGUGCCAAUAAUGACAGUAGCAAACCUUGAUCAUGUCAAGAAACUCAGUACUGAUAUGGAUUUGAUUGUUGAAGUGCUGAGAUCUUUGCCUUUAGUCCAAGUGGAUGAGAAGGGAGAAAAAGUUCGGCCAAACCAGAAUCGCUGCAUUGUGAUCCUCCGGGAAGUACCUGAGUCUACCCCCAUCGAAGAGGUUGAAGCACUUUUCAAAGGAGAUAAUUUGCCUAAGUUCAUCAACUGUGAGUUUGCCUACAAUGACAAUUGGUUCAUCACAUUUGAAUCAGAAGCUGAUGCACAGCAGGCUUACAGAUACCUUAGAGAAGAGGUGAAAACUUUCCAAGGAAAACCAAUUAAGGCAAGGAUAAAAGCAAAGGCAAUAGCUAUAAACACAUUUUUGCCAAAGAAUGGAUAUAGACCCCUGGACAUGAACCUCUACACGCAGCAGCGUUACACAGCAUCCUUUUACUUACCUCCAGUAUACAGUCCCCACCAGCAGUUCCCACUCUACAGCUUAAUUGGCCCACAGACCUGGUCAGCCACACACAGCUACCUGGACCCUUCACUGGUGACACCAUUUCCAAACACUGGAUUUAUCAAUGGGUUCACAUCUCCAACCUUCAAGCCUGCUGCUUCUCCACUGACCACACUAAGGCAGUAUCCUCCCAGAACCAGGAAUCCUAGCAAGUCCCAUAUACGACACACAAUUCCCAGUGCAGAAAGGGGACCUGGGCUUCUAGACAGUCCCACAAUAUUCAACUUUUCUGCUGAUCGUUUAAUCAAUGGCGUCAGGAGUCCACAGACGCGGCAGCCGGGGCAAAGCAGGGCACGGAUGCAGAAUGCAGCCACGAGUUACACCAAGAGGGAGGUGGGAACUGGCCGCGUGGAGCAGACCAGCGUUGACUCUUCUCCUGGGUUAGGGAGAGGAAGGAAAAAUUCAUAUGGCUACCGAAAGAAAAGGGAGGACAAGUUUACAAGAGGCCAAACACAGUCUCCACCACCCCCAAAACCUCCAUCUCCUAGCUUUGAGUUGGGCUUAUCUAGCUUUCCUCCACUACCUGGCGCUGCUGGCAAUUUGAAGACAGAAGACCUUUUUGAAAACAGACUGUCCAGUGUGGUAAUAGGAACGUCAAAGGAAAGAAACAUGAAUGUGGAUGCCAGUACAAACACUAUUCCAUCGGGGAUUCCUCGAGAGCCCUUGUUGCCAGUUUCUUCUCCGUUGCCCAGGACAUUUGAAAGGUCUCCUUCGCCAGUCCAGUCUUCUGAGGACUCCAAAGUUGUGGAUAAACAGCAGAGAGACACACAGAGCACAGAGAGGCUUUCUUCUUCCACACUCAGUACUGCAUGUAAAUCGGUACAAGUCAAUGGGGCUGCCAUAGAACUGCGAAAACCUAGUUAUGCAGAAAUUUGCCAGAGAACAACUAAAGAUCCUCCUCCUGUGUUGCAACCCCAGAAAGAACAGAAGCCCAACACUGUAGCAUGUGGGAAAGAAGAAAGAAAGCCCACAGAAACAAUAGAGAAAAACAGAGAACCUCCUCCUGCAAAGUCACAUCCUGGACAACCCAAAGACCAGAGGAGACAGUCAGGACGCAGAUCGUCCCCUCCAGCCAUUGGCAAACGUUUAAAUAAAGAACAGAACACCCCUCCAAAAUCUCCUCAGUGAAACUAGCACCUGGGAGGGAGUUGAGAAGAGGUCUGCUUCCCACAAAUUGAACCCAUGUUCCCACUAAGAUACCUGAGAAUGAGUUGCUGGUUAGGCGCUUGCAGUGAUACUAGGCAUGUAACAAUGCCUGCAAGUUAUUUUUCUGUGAAAUACUUUUUCCCCUCUUGAACAACCAUUCUAUUUUUUCUGGAUAUUUCUGGAUAGUUGUUCUAAACCUUACAUUUAGGUUGGUGCUUAAUUGGAGGUGAAGCUUAGUGUGAUUAUUUUUUUUCCAAGAUGUAAAAUAUUUGUCUUUAAAAAAAAUCAACUUUUUAUGAAGCCUCUCUGUGGCUGUGUGAGUGCAAGCUCUGUGUAGUGAGUUUUUUCUAAACUGUUAAGCAGAAACAUGCUGCUGCAGUAUUUUUAGUCAACUGGUCUGCAAGUACAUAUCUGAAGUGUCCAAAAGACUGGUGACAGCAGCUAGUGUGUAGAGUGCAAGGGAGCAGAUACCUUUUAUCAUUUAGUAUGUGACCUUGGAGAUCUAUUGUUUGUUUUUUUAUUGGGCUGCUGUACUAAGUGUCAGCAAAUGAACUUGCACUUUUAGGUUAAAUGAGUAGUUGUUUCUAGCAGUUUUAAAGAAUUAAUCUUCUUUUGAUGUUUUGCACACACAGAAUGAAUUCUACAGAGACCACAGCAGUCUUUCUAAAAAUACUUCCUUUCCUGACUUACUGCAAGCAAGUAACCAUCUCCUCACUCCAGAAUAAAACUGAGUUAUAAUUUGCAAAUACAAAGCACAUUGUGAACAGAAAGAGUGACGUCUGUGAGCUUCUCUGGUGGUGAAGGCUGUUAGUGGGGGUUAUCAGGAGAAAGCCCUGGAGCCUUCUUGUGAUAACCUUGGCUUCCCUGUGCUUGUAAGGGAGUUAACGGAGUCAGCGCUGUACCUUCUGGUUACCCUGUGCGCUCUCUAGACUUUGUUUUAAACUCUGCCCCAAGUGCUCUUUGCAAGAGUUCAUAUCUCAGUCAGCCUCACGCUGACACCUUCCUGGAACUACAAGCAUUGGCAUACAGAUCCAAAUUGUUUCAAGCCAUGAGAUAACGGUGUUUGUUUCGUGUGCUGGAGGAAGAGAUCCCCGGUGUUUAUCUCUGGGAUGAGGUUUCUCACACUGACUUAAGAAGUGAUGCGCUUUCUGAAGGACAAGGAUGCACUAAAUUAGCAAGUUUCUAAUAAAGCUGAAUAUAAAUUAUUUUUGUUUUAAAAUGCCUAAACGUUUUCUUUAACUGUUUAAACUGCAGGAAGUUCAGACAAAACUCCUUCCUGCUGACUAUGACAGUACAGUUUAUUCCACACAAAAAGUUUAUUUAAACAACUGAUUUUUUUUUUAAAGAAUUAUUUCCAUCCAAUAUUUAAAGACUUGAAUUUUAUUUAAACUUGAAAAUGACUUUGCCUUAACUUUUGUACAAGACAGCUUAGAGUUCAUGAGGUCUGACCCCGUGGAGGGUUAGCGUGAGUGGAAUACAGAAUUACUCAGUUACAGUAUGUAUCUAUUGUCACUGGUCUUACUGGGUAAACAUACUGUAGUACAGGAACUAGCAGCAGUUUUUGUAAUAUACCUUAAAGAUCUUAAACAGUUGAUCUUUUUCAGAUUGUUGAAAAACCUGUAAAUGCAAAUAGUCAAUACUGUAUUAAAUAUGUGCACUUGGAAGUGUGUGCUUUGCUUGUACAGUUGUAAAUAAUCAGAACAUAUAAAAAGGUACCCUAAGGAAAAAAAUUCUGAUAAAAAUUAUUGAUAUUAUAAAUGUUGCUGUUGAGCUGGAUGUAGAUAAACUAAAUGUUGUGGUUUGAAUAUUACUUUAAUUUGUUGUUUUUUCUUUUUCUUAUUUUAUUCUGGUGUGCUGAACUGACUCUGCCUCUUCACUGCAAAAGGGAAAUGGAAUGAAAGUCUUAUCUGAAAGCCCUCAAAUGUUAUCAGAAGUCCUUCUAAAAAAGCAGUUUAACCAAUUCAGAAGUGUUCUGCAAUGUAAAUAGUGAAUUUUGACAGUCAAACUAAUUCCAAGACAUUAAUAAAUUUGAAUUUAAUUGGGAAAAACCCUUUAGACUGCUACAGAAACAUACACUGAAGCUUACUUGUCUGCUUUCAAGAAUAUCAGUGCAUUCCUUUGUGUAUGAUUUCUAAAACUGUAAAGGACCUGUAGAAGUUGACUCUUGAUCCUGUCACAAGCAUCAGUUGGUAACUAGUUGACCUUUUAAAUCCAGCUUGUUGUAUGCUGCAGAAUUGGUCAAAAUAGGGCAUGCUAGAAGGUGAUGAUUUGUUUCCUUGUUUAAAAAGCACACUUUGUGAAUGCUGUGGGAGGAGAUAGGACUCAUAACGUCACCAAAACUGCUCACCCAAUUCUGUCAUUGGACUUCUAAUACCUUGCUCCUUUCCCCAGUGGCAGUGAAAAGGGUAGUAAGAUGUGUGUAUGGUUUAGGCCAGCUGUAUGAUUCAUUUUGUUUGUCUGCUGCAAGUGAGAGGCUUUACCAGCUGCAAUCACAAGUGGCUCCUUACAGCCACUGUGUAGUCGUGGUGCUUCCCUGGUCCCUAGGGGAAGCUGCCGAGAGCAGCGGGGUGUGUUGUGCUGUCCUAAUGUAUUCUGCUGCCAUUUGUGCUAGGUCAAUACACUGUAAUUACUGCUUGCCCAGCAACAGGCUGUUGCAUCCAAAGUUUGAACCUUCCUCUGAUGUGGUUUUUACAGCUUUCUUUUUCCCACAAAGCAAAGAAGUGACACGCCACGUAGCUGUGUAACAUACAACUGACCCUUACUGCAUCUUCCUUUGGGAUUGGUUUUUCCACUCAGCAACAAAAUGGAGCUUUCGGAGCAGAGUUGUGAAGUUGCAUGCAGACUGUUGCUAUGAUACAUAGAGAGAUUAAAAUGUGGCUUUUAAAAUGCAAAACCUGCCAAAAGCAGCUAAGUUAAAGGUUCAGAGAUACAGUCAUGAAAAUUGGCCUUUAACCUGGUGUAUAAAUCAGAACAGGACCUGAGACUCUUCUUUGAGGAACUUAUCAAAAGACAGAGGUUCCUUUUAAAACUUCCUGUUGUUUCAGAUCAGCCCUCCACCAUGGUGCUGUCAUUUGCCAUCUAGAAAUUUGUGAGCAGUGGCAAUGUCUUUUACCUGGCUGCUUCAUUUUUCAGAGACCUGAGCAGCUGGCAUGAAAGGGCCCAUGUUUGAGUGUGGUGUAGUGUAUCAGGAGCAACAUCUGAGUGUAAUGGUGCAGACCUAUCUCUCGAUCUCCUCCAGCUAACUAUGGUUAAGGGUUUUUAUGUGCUUUGUAACCUGUUACACUAAUAGCAGCAGACAAUCCAAGAGUUCUGAGGAGACCUAACAGCUGCCAAUUCACGAAACAAGUGUAAUAUGGGAGCCUUCUUGAGGGUUUUUGUUUUUGUUCUUCUUCCAUUGAGACUGGAAUCAAGCUUACAUGUAAACUAUCAGUAAUUUAAGUUUCCUUUUGUGUCAUAAAAUGUAAAACUGUCUAAUUUGAAAAAAAUAUGUAGGUUAUGAAAAAUAAAGAUUUAGGCACUGUUGAA